AUGGUACUCUUUCGUCUCCACGUCUGGGGAUCAGCCUUCGGGCUCGCCAGCAUCGACGCUGAGUGUCUCGCCACAAUCACAUACCUUGCGAACGCCCUGCAAGGCGAUCAGUGGGAGAUUGUCGCAACUAGCCCCUCAGGGGUUCCAACGCACUCCCUCCCCGCGCUCCACGAGACCGGGUCCGGCGUCUGGUCCUCGGGUUUCACCUCCAUCACCGGUCGCCUCCGGGACCUCGGCGGUGAUGCCUGGGACCUCGACCGGGACCUGGAUGUCGCCCAGCGGGCCGACUCCGGCGCCUACGCGAGCUUCCUGAAGUCCUCCGCUGCGCCUCUGGUCGCGCUCUCCCUCUACGUCUCCUCGGCGAACUGGGCCGCCACUACCAGGCCCGCCUACAGCAACAUCCUGCCCUUUCCCCUGACGUGGACGGAGCCACUUUCCAUCCGACACCGGAUGUGUGACACAGCCGACCACCUCGGCCUGUCGGAUCUCAACGUCGACGACGAUGGCGGACGCGCUGCCCAGUCGCAACAGGCCUCCUCCCCAGCAACAGGCGGGUCUACCGACGGCUUCCUCAAGGUCCCAGAGCGUCUGAAGCCGCUCCGCCGCGGCGUCAAGGCCGCGCUGUCGCCAGAGCAGACAGCCGUGUUCCGGCUCGAGGCGGUCGCCAACGACUGCCUCGCCGUGCUGGCGGAUCUCAAGACAGCCUCCGAGAUGGAUGGGGCUGGCGAGCGCUUCUUCUUUCCCUCCACCUCCUUCCCCUCCUCACUCGACUGCCUCGCCUUCGGUUAUCUGGCCCUGAUGCUCGUGCCCGACGUCCCGCGGCCCUGGCUCAAGGACCUGGUGCGCCGGCGCCACGAGUCCCUCGCGCUCUUCGUGGACGCAACGCGGGACGCCGUCUUCGGCGGCGACGUCGCCUCCAGCCUGCCGUGGGCGGACCCGUCGUCACGCGGGUCCGGCGACCAGCCGUCGGCGCUGACGCGCUUCGUCAGGGACUUGGUCGCCGCCUCUGUGCCGCGCUCCUGCGCCGUACGCGACGCCCCGUCCAAGUCACCAUCAGGAGCAUCAGCGGCGCGCGGCUCGUCCGUCCUGGCUGCCCUGGGCAGCGGCGCCGCCGUGAUGGGUAUCCUGGGCAGCGCUGUGCUGUACCGGCACAUGCCGCCGCUGGGCGCUGCGCUGUACCGGUGGGAGAUGCCGAGGCGGCGGGCCUUCGGGGCUGCAGGGGCGCUGUUUGGGGUCUAA